CACACUUGGAGAAUUGGAAAAAUUAUGUGCCACCUACUAAUUAGGAUCCACCUAACAAGAACCAGUGGCCGUCAAAUCUCAUGCUCACCUAGCCCACCAAAUCACCAACCCCAAAACUUUAUCAGCUGGUUCAUACAGGAAACAGCAUGAUUCCUUUCACCGUCCAUUCUUCGCUCCACGGGGUUUUCGGGUUCUUCAGUCUUUACCCAUUUCUUGACGACUGGGGACAGUUGGGGAAAACCAGAAUCUUCGGAGCAUUUCAUUGUCAGACCAGUUGUCAGAUUUAGCGGUCACUCAUGUCUGUGUAUCUACUUCUUCUUUCUUCUUCUUCCAGUUCAAUCGCAAAUCCGUGGUCUUUUUCUGCCUUCAAACAUCCAGUUUGACCGGCUUACUGCCCACGAUUGCAUAGUUGGCAGUGAUAUAAAUACAUUAUUUUAUUAUACAUGUAUUGAGUGGACACUCACAACGAGGAGUCGCGUGGGGUUAAACUCAAAUUUGGAAAUAAACAAGGAGAUUGAUUUAGCAUCUGGUAGAAUGUGUAAGCUUGCAAACUAAGCUUGCAAACUUCUUCUUGUCUCAGGCUUUUAUAAAAGUUUUCUGGUCUACCUAAUCUUGCAUCGUACCAGUCACGUUCAAGUAUGGAGCACUGCUUUCGCUAAAAUCUUCAAAGAUAGUUGUGGAUUUUGUGAAUAAAUCCGAGUAAGAUAAGUGACAAUGUUAGGAAUGGCCCAAAAUGGUUGUUUCCUCUGUAUCCCCAUUGUGGCUCAUUCUGUUGAAGAGAUGGUGUCUCAAAUGCAGCAGGCGCAUACUCAAGGUGCAGACUGCGUAGAGCUUCGCAUUGAUCAUCUGAAAUCUUUUAAUCCUCAAGUGGAUUUACAUACCCUUGUAAAAUCCAGCAUUUUGCCUAUUAUUGUUACUUACAGGCCAAAAUGGGAAGGUGGAGAGUAUGAAGGCAAUGAAGAAAAUCGCCUUAAUGCACUUCGUUUAGCUGUGGAAUUGGGAGCUGAUUACGUUGAUGUGGAGCUUCAGGCCGCUCCUGAUUUUCUUAGUAGUAUUUCCAACAAGAAGCCAGAAAACAGCAAGAUCAUUGUUUCAAAUCAUAAUUACAAGUUUACUCCAUCACUUGAGGAUCUUAGUGUUCUCGUGGCAAGGAUACAAUCUACAGGAGCUGACAUAGUGAAGAUUGCAACAACUGCGACUGAUAUUACCGAUGUUGCUCGAAUAUUCCAAGUUCUUGCACACUGUCAAGUGCCCAUUCUUGCAUUGGUGAUGACUGAAAAGGGGCUUAUAAGUCGGCUUUUGUGUCCCAAAUUUGGUGGAUAUCUUACGUUUGGUACUCUUGGAGCUGGGAAAGAAUCAGCUCCUGGACAGCCAACAUUGAAAGAUCUAUUAGAUACAUACAAGAUACGAUCUUUGGGAAGAGAUACUAAAGUUUUUGGACUUAUAGGAAAUCCAGUUGGUCACAGUAAAGGACCAAUUUUGCACAAUCAAGCACUUAGAGAGACUGGAGUUGACGGGAUAUAUGUGCCCUUUUUAGUUGACAACAUUGCAGAAUUUCUCAAAGUGUACUCAUCACCAGACUUCGCAGGUUUCAGUGUUACCAUUCCUUUCAAGGAGGCUGCCCUCAAAUGUUGUGAUGAAGUUGAUCCACUUGCACAGUCUGUGGGAGCAGUAAAUACAAUUGUGAGGAGAAAAAGUGAUGGAAAAUUAAUUGGUUAUAAUACUGACUGUGAUGGUUCAAUUUCUGCAAUUGAGGAUGCCAUAAAAGACAAAUAUGCUACCAAAGAUUGGACACAAAUCUCCCCCCUUACUGGAAAGUUGUUUGUGGUUGUUGGAGCUGGAGGAGCUGGUAAAGCACUUGCAUUUGGUGCCAAGCAAAAGGGGGCAAGGGUUGUAAUUUCCAACCGAAACUUUGAACGAGCCAAGGCUUUAGCAAGCCAAGUUGGUGGAGAAGCUAUUCCUCUGGACAAACUGGAUACCUUCCAUCCAGAAACUGGAAUGAUCCUUGCAAAUACAACAUCAAUAGGAAUGCAUCCAAAUACUGACCAGACACCUAUAUCUAAGGAUUCUUUGAUGUCAUAUAGUGUCGUUUUUGAUGCCGUUUAUACACCAAAAUGGACAAGACUCUUACAAGAUGCAGAAUCAGUUGGAGCAUCUGUUGUAAGUGGGCUGGAGAUGUUCAUAAGGCAAGCCAUGGGGCAGUUUGAACUAUUUACUGGCUGCAAAGCACCAGAAAAAUUGAUGCGGGAAAUAGUUAUGAAUAUUACUUGAGUACUUCAGCUUUAAAGAUGACAGCACUAUUGCACUGCUUUUAAGUUGAACUUCCUGUGCUGAAUGCAGUCGAAAUUUCUUUUAAUUGAUGGUGAUUAUUCUUGAGGACCCAUUAUAGCUCAUAAUUUACAGAUCCCCGUCCUAGAAACAAAGGGCAUUUUUGCUGUUGAUUGUGUGUAAAUUGACUCCAAGAAAUGACCUAAUAAAUUAUUUGCAACCUUUGUUAAAUUGACAAAAGUGGAACACUAUGUUAGUUUUCCAUACAUGGCUUUAGUGUUGUGUCAACAGGAAAUUGCCUUGUGAAUGCCCUAGAGAGAAUGACCACAUGUGGCAGACAAAUCAAGGUAUGCAUUGCCUGGUAUAUUACGAACUUUUAAUAAAGUUGUUGGUAGCUAUAGCCUUUUUGAUAAAACUCAGCUCUUUGUAGCUGCAAAUAUCGUGCAGACACUUCCAUGGUAUUGUCCCAUAGAGUUAUCAUUCUGUGGGAUGAGAAGCUCUGAGAUAACUAAUUAUAUUAACCAUGGUGUCACUUAAAUGCAUUGUUGAUUGAAUGCUAGAAAAAUAGACCCAUCAACUUGAAAAAACUGAUUUAAAAAAAGUCAUGCAAGGGAUUAUUGGUUCCUAAAUCAAUCGAAAGAGACUAUUCCUUAAUUAUCA